CGUAUUAUUUUACAAAUUUAAUAAACAAAUCGUUCUUCAAAAAAGGAUGACUCCUCAUCCCUGAGGGUCCCCAAUCCCGACCGGAAGGUACGUUGUGAGGAUGUAAAUUGAACUAUAAUCCCAAUCUGACAGAUAGAGAAUGAGGCUCUGUCCCCGAUACUUGCAGAGGCCCGAUGCAUUUUUAGCAUAGUAACCUCUAAGUGUUAUUUUACAUAUUUAAUAAACAAGUCGUACUUCAAAUUAUUCUGUGACGCACACAUCUCAAUCAACCCCACCUAAGAAGAGUAUAAACUACACGUACAUAUUAACAUAAAUAACACUGCACCCGGCCAGAAUUAUGGGCUUGUGGAAUCCCAACUACCCAGCUUCCGCAGCGGCCGCUGUCUAGCUCUUCCGUGUAGGCGGCGUAGCUACUCCCUCACGACGGUUUCUCAUAUUCUCCGUCGUAGCUACUUCAGUUCAAGAAGCUGUCAAGAAAACUUAGGACUUCAAGCUGGUUAGAGAUUGGAGGGUCGGGCAUGAAAGUGGCGGGAAACAAGAUGUCAUCUUCAGCUUCUUCUUGGAUCACAUCUGUUUCUUGCGCCGCCCCAGGGGAGGACUUGUUUGUUUUGCCUGCAAUCAAAUGGCUAAGAUUCAUCUUCCUUUCUCCAUGUCCUCAAAGAGCUCUUUUAUCAGCCAUUGAUAUCUUGUUCCUUUUUGCUCUGCUCUUCUUUGCUCUCCAAAAGCUCUAUUCCCAAUUCCGGUGUAAUAGGAGGGAAUCACCAAAUGGAGUUGACAAACGGCCCCUUAUCCAUUCCCACACACCUCAAGUUGUUAACACUGAUAUUUGGUUCAAAUUAUCCAUAUCACUUUCUGCUAUAUUAGCAGUUUUCUCUCUGGUAUUAAGCAUUCUCACAUUUUGUAGGAGUGUUUCACCCCCAUGGAAUAUAAUAGAUGGAUUUUUUUGGCUUUUUCAUUCAAUAACUCAUUUAGUCAUCACAUUCCUCAUAAGGCAUGAGAAAAAAUUUCAAGCCACUAAACAUCUGCUAUCCCUACGUGUAUUCUGGAUAGCAGACUUUGUUGUAAUUUCCCUGUUCUUAUGUUCUGGGACUAUUCAUUUAGUCUCUCUGCAAGAAAGUGAUCCUAAUUUGAUAUUAGAUGAUAUAAGCUCAUUAGUUGUAUUCCCGAUUUCAACCAUUCUUCUGAUUGUUGGAAUUAGAGGAUCAACUGGGAUAUCAGUAACCGAAUCAGAAACUGGAGAGUAUGAAACUACUCUUCCGGGAAAAUCUAAUUUGACAGCUUAUGCCUCAGCCUCACUUCUUUCUAAAACAUUCUGGUUUUGGAUGAACCCAUUACUGAGUAAAGGCUACAAAUCUCCUCUGAAGCUUGAUGACGUUCCUACCCUUUCUCAUGAACAUAGAGCUCAAAGAAUGUCGGACCUUUUCGAGAGAAAUUGGCCUAAGGGAGAAGAGAACUCGAAACAUCCUGUCCGGACAACGUUAUUCCGUUGCUUCUGGAAAGAGGUUCUGUUUACAGCUGCUCUAGCAAUCCUAAGGCUCUGUGUGAUGUAUGUUGGGCCAUUGCUCAUUCAGAGAUUCGUUGACUUCACUGCUGGGAAAAGGACGUCGCCUUAUGAAGGAUAUUAUCUGGUCGGCAUUCUCAUGGUUGCAAAGUUCAUUGAAGUUUUAACUUCUCAUCACUUCAACUUCAAUUCCCAAAAGCUCGGAAUGCUCAUCCGGUCAACCCUCAUCACUUCCUUAUACAAGAAGGGGUUGAGGCUUACUUGUUCGGCAAGACAAGACCAUGGGGUCGGGCAGAUAGUGAACUACAUGGCUGUAGAUGCUCAGCAGUUGUCUGAUAUGAUGCUUCAGCUACAUGCCAUAUGGCUUAUGCCGGUCCAAGUCUCAAUAGCCUUAGCCAUACUGUACACCAGCCUUGGAGGUUCCGUAGUUGUAACCCUUGUUGGGCUUGUUGCUAUAUUAGCGUUUAUUGUGCUUGGGGCCCGAAGAAAUAACCGGUUCCAAUUCAAUAUCAUGAAGAAUCGUGAUUCUCGAAUGAAGGCGACGAACGAGAUGCUCAAUUAUAUGCGUGUUAUAAAGUUUCAGGCUUGGGAAGAGCAUUUUAACGAGAGGAUACGAUCGUUUCGUGAGGUGGAGUACGGGUGGCUAUCUAAGUUCAUGUAUUCAGUUUCGGGGAACAUGAUCGUCCUUUGGAGCACACCGUUGCUCGUGGCCACACUCACGUUUGGGAGUGCAAUUUUGUUGGGGGUCCCACUUGAUGCCGGGAAAGUGUUUACGGCGACCUCGAUCUUCAAGAUGUUACAGGAGCCAAUCAGAAACUUCCCACAAUCCAUGAUCUCACUUUCGCAAGCGAUGAUAUCUCUUGAGAGGUUGGAUAAAUAUAUGAUGAGUAAGGAGUUGGUUGACAAUUCGGUUGAAAGGGUCGUAGGGUGUGGGGAUGGUGUUGCAGUGGAAGUGAAAGGCGGAACUUUUAGGUGGGAUGAUGAACGAGGCGAACGAGUGCUUAAAGAUCUAAAUUUUGAAAUCAAGAAAGGGGAACUUGUAGCUGUCGUGGGGACCGUCGGGUCUGGGAAAUCAUCUCUUUUGGGAUCUGUUCUUGGUGAGAUGCACAAACUCUCGGGGAAGGUACGAGUUUGCGGUUCAACCGCCUAUGUUGCUCAGUCGUCAUGGAUUCAGAAUGGGACCAUACAGGAGAACAUCCUGUUUGGUUCAACAAUGCAUAAAGAGAGAUAUGAGAAAGUCAUUAGGGUUUGCUGCUUGGAAAAGGACAUGGAAAUGAUGGAGUAUGGUGAUCAGACAGAAAUUGGUGAGCGUGGUAUUAACCUUAGUGGUGGCCAGAAGCAGCGGAUUCAACUUGCAAGAGCUGUUUAUCAGGAUUGUGACAUUUACCUGCUUGACGAUGUUUUUAGUGCUGUUGAUGCUCACACUGGUUCUGAAAUCUUUAAGCAAUGUGUGAAAGGAGCUCUCAAGAAUAAGACAACGAUAUUGGUUACCCAUCAAAUAGACUUCUUGCACAAUGUUGACCAGAUCCUAGUGAUGCGGGAUGGGAUGAUUGUGCAAUCAGGAAAAUAUAAUGAUCUUUUGAAGUCUGGCUUGGAUUUUAAAGCACUAGUAGCUGCCCAUGAGUCAUCACUGGAACUUGUUGAUGUGGAAACCACUCUAGAUAGCAAAGAUAUACCGAAAAAGGAACAAACUACACAAACAUCAUUUAAACAGGCAGGUGAGAGUGAGGAUGGAACUCUGCAGCGACCAGAGUCCAGUAAUGGAAGUUCCAAACUGAUAAAGGAAGAGGAAAGAGGGUCAGGAACUGUUGGUUUCCAGGUCUACAAAUUAUAUUGCACGGAGGCGUUUGGUUGGUGGGGUGUAGUGACUGUUGUGAUGCUAUCCUUACUUUGGCAAGGGACACAGAUGGCGAGCGACUACUGGUUGGCAUACGAAACCUCUGAAGAACAAUAUGCAUCAUUCAACGCUUCUUGGUUUCUUGAGAUAUAUGGUAUUAUCGCGGUCCUAUCAUCUGUGCUGAUAGUGCUGAGAAUGUACUCUGUCACAAUUAUGGGCCUCAAGACUGCUCAAAUAUUCUUUAGUCAAAUUCUCCACAGCAUACUUCAUGCUCCUAUGUCCUUUUUUGAUACAACACCUUCUGGCAGAAUUCUCAGUCGGGCAUCCAAUGAUCAGACCAACAUUGAUGUUUUCCUUCCCUUUUUCAUGAGUCUGACACUGUCAUUUUACAUCACACUCAUUGGCAUCAUCAUCAUGACUUGCCAAUAUACUUGGCCAACUGUAGUGCUUUUGAUUCCGCUUGGUUGGCUUAACUUCUGGUGCCGGGGAUACUUUCUUGCAACUUCACGGGAAUUGACGAGGCUAGACUCUAUCACGAAGGCACCUGUUAUCCAUCAUUUCUCAGAAAGUAUUGCUGGUGUUAUGACAAUACGUUGCUUUAGAAAACAGGAAGGGUUCAGCCUAGAAAAUGUCAACCGGGUCAAUGCAAACUUGCGAAUGGACUUCCAUAAUAAUGGGUCUAAUGAAUGGUUAGGGUGCCGAUUAGAACUUAUUGGAAGUUUCAUUCUAUGUUCCUCUGCAGUGUUCAUGAUUGUGUUGCCUAGCAGCAUCAUCAAGCCAGAAAAUGUUGGCUUGUCUCUGUCAUAUGGAUUGUCCCUCAAUGCCUCGCUGUUCUGGACAAUAUUUGUUAGUUGCUUUGUGGAAAAUAAAAUGGUUUCUGUUGAGAGGGUUAAACAGUUUACAAACAUACCAUCAGAAGCACAAUGGAGAAAGAAGGACACUGUUCCACCGCCAAACUGGCCAAACAAAGGAAAUGUUGAACUUGAAGACUUACAGGUCAGAUACCGCCCAAACACACCUUUAGUCAUUAAAGGCAUAACUCUAAGCAUAGAAGGGGGGAAGAAGAUUGGUGUGGUUGGUCGAACAGGCGGCGGAAAAUCCACCCUUAUCCAAGUUUUCUUCAGGUUGGUGGAGCCCGCAGCAGGACGGAUAAUCAUCGAUAACAUUGACAUUUCCAUCCUUGGCCUUCAUGAUCUUAGGUCUCGCUUUGGAAUCAUCCCACAAGAACCUGUUCUUUUUGAAGGAACCGUGAGAAGCAACAUAGACCCUAUUGGGGAGUACUCAGAUGAAGAAAUAUGGAAGAGCCUUGAACGUUGCCAGCUUAAAGAUGUUGUAGCUUCUAAACCUGAGAAACUUGGCUCCCCUGUUGCUGAUAACGGAGAUAACUGGAGCGUUGGGCAGAGGCAGCUUCUUUGCUUAGGGAGAGUAAUGCUAAAAAGAAGCAAACUUCUGUUUAUGGAUGAGGCAACCGCAUCCGUUGAUUCACAGACGGAUGGUGUGAUUCAGAAGAUCAUCCGUGAAGACUUCGCUUCCUGUACAAUAAUCAGCAUUGCUCAUAGAAUACCCACUGUCAUGGACUGUGAUCGCGUUCUUGUAAUAGAUGCAGGUAAAGCUAAGGAGUUCGACCGGCCAUCUCACUUGUUGGAGAGGCCUUCACUCUUUGGGUCUUUGGUUCAGGAAUACGCUAACCGGUCGUCUCAACUCUAGCUCUAGUCUCUCUGUUCGGCCAUCAAGAAAAUUUUCUCCCCUGCAAAUGCGCGGAGUAUCACAUAUUUUUGACCUGGUGGAAAAUGUUCAAAUCUUACGGAAUAAUAAUGCUGGAGAAGCUCUUUUCUUUGUUAGGCUGUGAAUUGUGCUUAGAUGUACCACCUAGUUUCUUAGUGGAAUCCUUCACUGCAAAUCUGCAAUAUUGCUAUUAAUAAGCUUGUUAUUUACAGAACUUGGUCUUGCCCUUGAAAAUUUAAGGAGCUAAGGACACACUAAUUCCUAUAAGACAGGACUCCUAUCUCUGUUCCUCCCACGGCUAUCCAUACCAAUGAAGUUCAUCCAACCGGACCCCGUUUUCAAAUGGUCCAUCUACAUUUUUCA